CCAAGGCAGCAUUUCGGACAUGCAGCAAAUAUUGUGGUUACUCCAGACGGGAUGAAUCGGUGCAUGGUGGAGUGAUUACACGGGCUCAUCGGGCCGCGUUUGUCCUUGCAGAUCCCGAGAAUAGGGACUAGAAGAAGUUGAGCAUCUGCAUGCGUUUCAACUUUCCUCCUGAGAUGUUGAAGUGAGUCUCGGAAGAGAGGGCCCUGCUACAGGAUACAAUAUCAAGCACAUGUCGUUGGUCACUAUCAUAGGAACAAGAGUUGAUUGCUUCAAGGAUGCACCUCCGGUCGAGGGUGGGGUCUUGGCAGCGCGGGCCGCUGACCUACCGUCGCGACUCAUUGCGACCCGCCAGAACACGUCGGCCUACGCGUAUACCAAAGACGAGGAAGUGAAAGAGGUUAAAUCAGGCGUCGCAGCAAAGAUUUAUCCUGGGAUCAAUCACCGAACAUGACAGACACGGACACGAAACAAGGUCAAAAUGGCACCGCGACCGAGGCCAAAGCGAACAAGCAAGCACCGCAACAACAGCAAUCGCAAAAUACGCCCACCGCAGACACACCAAAGCUGGAGAGGACCAAGAGCUCUGCUACCGUAGACAGUACAUCGAGUCCUCCGCGGAAGAAGCGCAGAAAGGUCAACCACGCCUGUGUCUACUGCCGUCGAUCACACAUGACAUGCGACCUCGAACGACCAUGCGCCAGAUGCGUCAAACGCGACAUUGCACACCUCUGCCAUGACGAACCCCGAGAAGCCACAAAGCCCAAGAAGCCCGACACGGAUACCCCUCCCGCCGACACCAGCAUCAUCGAGGAUGAGCGAAGAAGCAGCGUGCGAACAGAAGCUCCCACAAUCGCGCCACCCAAACCAAUGUCACCGGCACAGAUGAAGCAACCGCAGCCACAAGCACAAACACAACGGCCAUUCUCCAUGAACGACUGGAACUUUGGCUCAACGUCGAAUCAGUUGCACGACAUGCGCAAUCUGCACCCAAACUACACCUUCAACACGUCAGAAGUCACGGACGAGUAUAACUUCCUCGGCGACUUCUUGAACAACUCGCUCCUCGAUGACACAGCAACCUACAAUCCCGAUGACUCCUCCACAAUCUUCAACGACCCUUUGCUAGCCACCGGCUCUCUCUCCACCUACGCGAACAACAUGAACCUCUUCAGCGGUAUCCAACAAGCUGCAAAUCCAUCCUCUACCACAGCAGCUCUGCCACCUUCGCAACAGCAACAGCAACAACAACAACAACAACAACUCAAUGCCGGCAACGAGAUCUCCCGUCCUUCCUCCGUUGUCCCAGGCGUAGACACCAAAGCCCGCGAUAAAUUCUACAUGACAGCCGCCGACCCAGCCGGAAACGACACACCAGAAGCCCGCAUGCUUAAACUCCUCCAAGCAAAAUACGACGCAGGAAUGUUACGUCCCUUCAAUUACGUACGUGGUUACUCGCGCCUAAACACCUACAUGGAAUCCCACAUGCGACCUGUGCUACGUCAAAAGAUUCUAAAGCAAUUGGAAAAGUUUCGACCAAAGUUUCGAGAGGCAAUGCAUAAUUUGACGGAUAUUCAAUUAAUCAGAGUGGAGAUGUGGUGGGAGAGCACGUUGAUGGAGUAUGAUCGUGUGUUUGCUAGUAUGGCCAUUCCAGCAUGCUGUUGGAGACGAACGGGGGAAAUCUUUCGAGGAAAUAAAGAAAUGGCUGAACUUAUCCAAGUGCCCAUGGAGGAAUUGAGAGAUGGCAAACUCGCACUCCACGAAAUCAUGGCCGAAGACAGUCUCGUCUCUUACUGGGAAAAAUUCGGCGCCAUCGCUUUUGAUCAAUCGCAAAAAGCAAUCCUGACAUCCUGUACCCUCAAGCACCCCACCGACGACGUUGCCACAAAAGACGCUUCCACAGCUGCAGAUAGUAAAGCAAGCAAGUCAGGAAACAAAGAAGUGGGAAAGGGUAAAGUAGGCUUGAGGAAAUGUUGUUUUUCCUUUACGAUAAGGAGGGAUAUACAUAAUAUGUGAGUACAGCCCCUGACGAGACAAGCAAGAGAUGAAAGGAAAAAAUGGGAAAGUGAGAAAGGAAAUAUGCUAAUGUUUGUGCGUGUGUGAAUAGUCCUUCUGUUAUUGUGGGGAACUUUUUGCCUAUACAGUGAUUUCUGGGCCUUUUCCUCUCUGUUCACCCAGAGAACUCGGAA